UUCAUUCUCGCAGCUUCAUGUAGACUACAAUGCUAUUUUAUAUGUAGUAAUUAACUCCGAACGCUCUAUGGACUCGGGAUUGAUUGCUCUUUUCCGCUUACGGACUAGCCGGUCAUUGGAUUGCUUGCUUACUUAUUUGAUGUUUGUUUGUGGCCCCUUCGUAUUCGUUUCUUGUCCGAGGAUUUCAUGUCCGAACUGAGAAUGUUACCCCGGAAUUACUGGCCAACGAGGUAGCGUUCUAGAAUCGUUGACUCAGAGAUUUCUCGGGUCAACUUUUAUGACGCAUAAAAAGAAGCUUGGGAGACGCCAAGACAUGGAACUAAAUCAUCCGGAUUAUGUCAUAAGCACAGUCAGAUGGCCGUUCGCGUGUAGUUGAGGACGGGAAAAGAAAAUACGCAAGGGAGCGGAGCAUCAAGUUAGAAAAUCUUUUCACCUCGAUUGGAAUCCCACCCCAAUGACUAGGUUACAAUCGUCAUAGGAAAAGAAAUACUAGUUAGUAGGCCGUCCAUUUAGUAAGCAGCUUGCAGAGGACUGGCAGUUUAUCAUCCUUGAUCAGAAAGUUCCUCCUCCCCUCCCGCAAUCGCGUCCAUUAUUUGUGAGAAAGCGCCCCAGGAGUUCCCUCUGACUCCCGCUUCCUUCCUUCUCGUGGGUUGAAAGGAACAGGGAUCCUGUAGCUGGGGUUAAAACAUGCUAGAUGACAAUUCCCAGGUGAUCCUCGGGGAUUCUGCCCCGGGAUCACUGGCGUCGUCAACCCCGAAGUCAGCAUUCCAACCACCCAAACUGGAGCCCUUCUGUAGCGACGUCGAAGGAUGGGGGCCUUUAAGCAAAUUCAGAUUCGACAUGACGCCCUGCUUUCUAGACGUUGGAGUGGCUAUUGUCGCACUAUGGGGCAUAAUCAUGGGAGCAGGUGCCAUCUGGUUUCUGCUCAAAAGACGAAUCCCCCAGCCGGUGUCGAAGAACUGGCAUUUUUACACUAAGCUGAUCGUGCUAUCUGCUUUGAUCUUUACCACGGCUCUUCAGGCAGCGAUUCAAGUCGAAGCUUUUGCAAAUACCUGGUUGGCUGACGUUCAGUUUUGGAGUACGAUCUUUGUGUUUGCUUCUCUUUGUGUGAUAUUCACAGUCCAAUACUAUGAGCAUUGGCGGAGUAGGCAACCCAACGGUGUUGUGCUCUUCUACUGGCUUUUCUUUUCCAUCGCAUACGGAAUUAAAUUGCGGUCGCUUGUUGCAAGACGGACCUAUGAAGAUAACCUCCCAUACUUCGUUUGUUUCAACAUAAGCCUGGGGCUCGCGCUACUGGAGUUUGGAUUGGAAUACCUUGUGCCCAAAAAGCAGAGUGCCUACGACGCACUGGGCGACGAAGAUGAGUGUCCUUAUGAGUAUGCGGACAUUUUCUCGGUGCUCACCUUCGGCUGGAUGACGCCGAUGAUGAAGUUUGGCUAUAAUAACUAUUUGACCAAAGAUGACCUCUGGAACCUCCGGCACCGUGAUACUACUCGUGUCACUGGGGAGGCCUUGGCGGAAAAUUGGGAACAGGAACUGCAAAAGAGCAAACCAUCCUUGUGGCUAGCACUGUUCAAGUCCUUUGGUCGUCCGUAUAUCCGAGGUGCGAUCAUUAAGUGUGGAAGCGACGUGCUCUCCUUUGUCCAGCCUCAGCUUCUGCGCGUUUUGAUUGAGUUCAUCAAGUCGUAUGAAACCGACGACCCCCAGCCAGUUAUAAGAGGUGUUGCUAUUGCCUUGGCAAUGUUCCUUGUCUCAGUAUCGCAGACUAUGUGCCUCCAUCAGUACUUCCAGCGAGCCUUUGACACUGGUAUGCGCGUGAAAUCUUCUCUGACGGCCAUGAUCUAUUCCAAGUCGCUUCGACUUUCAAGCGAGGGCCGUUCGGCAAAGACCACUGGCGAUAUCGUCAAUCAUAUGGCUGUGGACCAACAGCGCUUGGCUGAUCUCACCCAAUUUGGCACGCAACUCUGGUCCGCGCCCUUUCAAAUCACCCUUUGCAUGCUGUCGCUCUACCAGCUCGUUGGUGUGAGCAUGUUUGCGGGUAUCGGUGUCAUGAUUCUUAUGAUCCCCUUGAAUGGUGUGAUUGCUCGUAUGAUGAAAAAGCUACAACUCGUCCAGAUGAAGAAUAAGGACUCGAGGUCCAGGCUGAUGACCGAAAUUUUGAACAACAUCAAGAGUAUCAAACUUUAUGCCUGGAACACCGCCUUUAUGAAUAAGCUGAGUCACAUUCGUAACGACUUGGAAUUGAACACCCUUCGCAAAAUUGGAGCGACACAGUCUGUGGCAAACUUCACAUGGCAGUCUACUCCCUUCCUUGUCUCCUGCUCUACGUUUACCGUUUAUGCCUUAACGGACCCUCGGCCUUUGACGACAUCAGUUGUGUUUCCAGCUUUGACGCUUUUCAACCUUCUCACUUUCCCACUUGCCAUCUUGCCCAUGGUCAUCACAUCAAUCAUCGAAGCUUCGGUGGCUGUCAAGCGCUUGACCGAUUAUUUCACCGCGGAAGAACUACAAACUAAUGCAGUUAAGCACGAGGACCCUGUGUCUCAUGUCGGCGAUGAGUCUGUGCGUAUCCGUGACGCAUCGUUCACCUGGAACAGGUACGAUGGCGCUCACGUCGUGGAGAACAUUAAUUUCAGUGCUCGCAAGGGCGAACUCAGCUGCAUAGUAGGCCGCGUUGGCGCUGGCAAAUCCUCUCUUCUCCAUUCACUUCUGGGAGACCUGUGGAGAACGGAGGGAGAGGUCGUUAUUCGUGGCCGUAUCGCAUAUGUCGCACAGUCACCUUGGGUGAUGAAUGCUAGUGUUCGAGAGAAUAUUAUUUUUGGGCAUCGGUGGGACCCCGACUUUUAUGAGCUUACAGUUGAAGCAUGCGCUCUGCUAGACGACUUCAAGAACCUGCCGGACGGGGACCAGACUGAGGUUGGAGAGAGAGGAAUCUCGCUCUCCGGAGGACAAAAGGCUCGGUUAACUUUGGCUAGAGCCGUCUAUGCUCGUGCCGAUAUCUACCUCCUGGACGACGUGUUGUCAGCAGUUGAUCAGCAUGUGGGACGGCAUCUUAUCAACAGAGUUCUUGGAUCAAAUGGGCUUCUCAGCAGCAAGACUCGGAUCCUAGCAACCAAUGCUAUCCCCGUCCUGAAGGAGGCAGAUUUUAUCGGAUUGCUACGAGACAGGACGUUGGUUGAAAAGGGCACCUAUGAGCAGUUAUUGGCUAUGAAGGGAGAAGUUGCUAAUCUUAUCCGCACCUCUAUGAACGACUCGGACGAUGAAAGCUCAAGCGAAAACGGUCUUGCUAGCCCCGAAAGCUCAGACUCUACUACGAUAAUUGACAACGUAGAGUCCGAUGAACUUUCGGAUACAGACGAAGCCGAACAGCAAAUUGGUUCGCUUCUUCCCAUCAGAUCUGGCGCUCAUCGGAGAUCAAGCACUGUGACUUUGCGACGCGCCAGCACCGUUAGCUGGAAAGGCCCCAGGCGCAAACUCGGAGACGAAGAGAAUGUUCUGAAGAGCAAGCAAACUCAGGAAACCUCGCAGCAAGGUAAGGUCAAAUGGAGUGUGUACGGAGAAUAUGCCAAGGACAGCAACGUCAUCGCCGUCUGUUUCUAUCUUGUCGCACUUUUGGGUUCUCAGACAGCUCAGGUCGCUGGCAGCUACUGGCUGAAAUAUUGGUCAGAGGGGAGCGAAAGGCAAGCAAAUCCCAAGGUUGGCAAAUUUAUCGGGAUCUACCUAGCUCUCGGGCUGGGAUCUUCUCUCUUGGUUAUUGUUCAGAAUCUCAUUUUAUGGAUUUUCUGCUCAAUUGAAGCAUCUCGGAAACUACACGAGCGGAUGGCAUUCGCAAUCUUCCGUUCUCCUAUGAGCUUUUUUGAAACCACGCCAUCAGGAAGAAUCCUCAAUAGGUUUUCAAGUGAUGUAUAUCGUAUUGAUGAAGUCCUUGCUCGCACAUUUAAUAUGUUGUUUGGGAACACUGCGAAAGCAUUGUUCACGAUGGGUGUUAUCUCAUCGUCAACGCCUGCAUUCAUCCUCUUGAUUGUACCCUUGGGCUACAUCUAUCUUAGUUAUCAAAAGUACUACCUACGGACAUCUCGAGAGUUGAAGCGCUUGGACAGUGUCACACGCAGCCCCAUUUUUGCUCACUUCCAAGAAUCCCUUGGAGGCAUCUCGACUAUCCGCGCCUAUAAACAAGAAAACAGAUUUACCCUUGAAAACGAGUGGCGCAUGGAUGAAAACCUUCGCGCCUACUUCCCUUCCAUUAGCGCGAACAGGUGGUUGGCAGUUCGCCUCGAAUUCAUUGGUUCUGUCAUUAUUUUGUCCUCUGCUGCGCUUUCUAUUAUCUCCGUCGCCACUGGCAGCCAUAUUUCAGCGGGAAUGGUCGGUUUGGCCAUGUCUUACGCCCUUCAAAUUACCCAGUCUCUGAACUGGAUUGUCCGCCAGACGGUCGAGGUCGAGACCAACAUCGUGUCCGUGGAACGUGUUCUGGAGUACGCUAACCUACCAAGUGAGGCGCCUGAGGUGAUAUUCAAGCACCGCCCAGCUAUUGGCUGGCCGGCGCAAGGCGCGGUGUCUUUCAAAAACUACAGCACACGAUACCGUCCUGGGCUUGACCUUGUACUCAAGGAUAUCAAUCUUGAUAUCAAACCUCACGAAAAGAUUGGCGUUGUUGGCCGCACGGGUGCAGGAAAGAGUUCCCUUACUCUGGCGCUCUUCCGCAUCAUCGAGCCAGAUCGUGGCAAUAUUAGCAUCGAUGGGCUAAAUAUAUCUACUAUUGGUUUGUUUGACUUGCGAGGCCGCCUUGCCAUCAUUCCUCAAGACCCGGCCAUGUUCGAGGGUACCGUACGGGACAACCUGGACCCUCGUCAUGCGCAUGAUGACACAGAGCUGUGGAGUGUGCUUGAACAUGCACGACUGAAAGAUCACGUUGCUAGCAUGGACGGCCAGCUGGAUGCCCGAAUUCAAGAAGGAGGUAAGGAAUUUGGCCGCCUGUCUCGCUUGCAUCAGCGUGACGUUGGACUUCCCUACGGCUGGGCUAACAUGGCAUCAUAGGAGCCAAUCUGAGUCAAGGCCAGCGUCAGCUGGUGUCUCUAGCACGAGCGUUGUUGACGCCUAGCAAUAUCCUGGUUCUUGAUGAAGCGACAGCGGCUGUGGAUGUGGAAACGGA